AUGGCCUGCUGCCAGACCAGCUUCUGCGGAUUUCCCAGCUGCUCCACUGGUGGGACCUGUGGCUCCAGCUGCUGCCAGCCAACAUGCUGUGAGACCAGCUGCUGCCAGCCAAGAUGCUGUGAGACCAGCUGCUGCCAGCCACGCUGCUGCCAGACUGGCAUUGGCAGUGGCAUCGGCUGUGGCCAGGAGGGUGGCUGUGGAGCCCUGAGCUGCCGCACCAGGUGGUGCCGCCCAGACUGCCGCGUGGAGGGCACCUGCCUGCCUCCCUGCUGCGUGGUGAGCUGCACGCCCCCCACCUGCUGCCAGCUGCACCAUGCCCAGGCCUCCUGCUGCCGCCCAUCCUACUGUGGACAGUCCUGCUGCCGCCCAGCCUGCUGCUGCUACUGCUGUGAGCCCACCUGCUGCGAGCCUACCUGUUAA